GCCAUUCCAGCCACUUAUCAAUCUAUCUAUCAAAAUCUACCAACCGUUAGCACAAAGUUCAACCCGUGAUCCUCCAAAUCAACAGUCAUGUCUCCACCAUCUGCCAUGUACGCUGAGACCAGCCACGCCGACGGCGUUCCCUUGAAGGCUGCGUUCGACGUGAAGCCUGUCCCAAUCCACAACAACAAGGCCCAGACCCUCGAGGACAUGGCCAACAAAUGGGAGGAGAGCUUCAAGUUUGCUCCUAUCCGUGAGUCGCAGGUCUCGCGUGCCAUGACCCGCCGCUACUUCAACGACCUUGACACCUACGCCGAAUCUGACAUUGUCAUCGUCGGUGCCGGGUCUUGCGGUCUCAGCACUGCAUACAUGCUUGGCAAGGCUCGCCCAGACCUGAAGAUUGCCAUCAUUGAGUCUGGUGUCGCUCCCGGUGGUGGUGCUUGGCUCGGUGGCCAGCUCUUCAGCGCCAUGGUCAUGCGUAAGCCUGCCGAAGUCUUCUUGAACGACCUUGGUGUUCCGUACGAUGAUGAGGGAGACUUCGUUGUCGUCAAGCACGCUGCUCUCUUCACCUCCACCCUCCUCUCCAAGGUCCUCUCCUUCCCCAACGUCAAGCUCUUCAACGCCACCGCUGUUGAGGAUCUCAUCACUCGCCAGGACGCAGAUGGAAACGUCCGAAUUGCCGGUGUUGUCACCAACUGGACCCUGGUCAGCAUGCACCACGACGACCAGUCAUGCAUGGACCCCAACACUAUCAACGCCCCUGUCAUCAUCUCCACUACUGGUCACGACGGCCCAUUCGGUGCCUUCUCCGUCAAGCGUCUUGUGUCCAUGCAGCAGCUCGAGAAGCUCGGUGGCAUGAGAGGCCUUGACAUGAACAGGGCCGAAGACGCCAUUGUCAAGAGAACCCGCGAGGUCGUUCCGGGUCUCAUUGUUGGUGGUAUGGAGCUGAGCGAGGUCGAUGGCGCAAACAGAAUGGGACCUACCUUCGGUGCCAUGGCUCUUAGCGGUGUCAAGGCUGCCGAGGAGGCUCUCAAGGUCUUCGAUGAGAGGAAGCGCCAGAACGCUGCCUAGAUGCGUUCGCUACACGUAACACUCUUUUGAGAAGGAAUGACAUACACGGAAUGAGAUGCUCGAGUAGUCAGCAACGAGGAUAUGAAUCAAGGGCAAUUAUGAAUAUAGCUCAGUACCUAGUAUUGCAACACACAACGCAAUGAAUGACACUCAUUUGACUGAGAUAUGUCGAGCUUUCUAUGAAAUGCUAUAAAGUAAAGUGCCGCUUAUAUUGAAUAAUUACUGUGAUACUUGCAUUCCUGAACUGGUGCUAUGAACGACUUGGAAACU